UCGGUAGCAAUUUUGGCGAUGCCAAUAAAACCCCAACAUCGAUCGAAACCAUCUUCAAAACACAGAGUUGUCAAGCAGCAAUGGCGUAUAUCACCGCCAGGCGUAACUUAGCAACGCUCCUAACCCGAGCUCUCUCUUCUUCCUCUUCACGCACUCGCUUCUCUCCUGCUCUCUUCAACAAAAUCCAAACCUCACUUAUCCCGGACUCAGUCAAAACCCUGACCCGAUCCAAAACAACCGGGUCGGGCUACUCUCCAUUAAACGACCCGUCACCAAACUGGACAAAUCGGCCGCCAAAAGAAACGAUUCUUCUCGAUGGCUGUGAUUAUAAUCAUUGGCUUAUUGUUAUGGAGUUUCCAAAUGACCCCAAACCCACAGAAGAAGAAAUGAUUAACGCUUAUGUCAAAACCCUUUCUUCUGUUUUGGGCAGUGAGGAGGAAGCAAAGAAGAGUAUUUAUUCCGUUUCUACGACGACGUAUACUGGGUUUGGUGCUUUGAUAUCUGAAGAGCUUUCUUAUAAAGUUAAAGCGUUGCCUGGAGUGCUUUGGGUUUUGCCAGACUCGUAUCUUGAUGUUCCUAACAAAGAUUAUGGAGGGGAUUUGUACGAGGAUGGGAAGGUCAUCCAUAGGCCCCAAUAUAGGUACAAUGAAAGGCAGCAGCAGACUAGGAACAGGCCUCGACCUCGGUAUGAUAGGCGCCGUGAAACAAUGCAGGUUGAGAGGAGAGAAACAGUGCAAAGACAGAAUUGGAGCCAAGAUCCGAGACCACCUGUAAAGCAACCCGCAUCGGAUAAUGUCCAGAAUUCCACCCAGGGUGGUGGAGGAGAGUUCUCUAUGAAUCAAGGGCAGUUUAACCAGAGCACGUAGGUAUUUGUACGAGUAUUUACGGUGUUCAAGUACCGGCCUCCUUAUGGCGUCUCGGCAUUGUGUUAAAAAAAACAGGUCUGUGGUGCUCAAGUAGCGUGAAUGUGCUGAAAGUUGAAAGAAAAGACUUCAAUGAGUAUAAUUCCAUUACUGGUGUCAAGGAUGCAAAGCCAUCCCUGAACAGUGUUAGUAUUGAUUUUUGGGCGAAUCUAGUGGGUUAUUUUUUGCUAUAUUAUUCAAAUUCAAUGGUAGUGAGGGGCAUGUUUGUUUAUAAUAUAUAUAUAGAAUUCAAACCUCGUGGAAAAAUUGACAGUAUGAAACAAAAUUUUUGUAUAAUGGUAAAAAAGUUCAUUCUAAUUUUAUAUAGUAUUUUUACGAAAA